CCCUUCGAGUCCCCUCCCCUUUCUGCGCCCUGCCCUUCCCUCCACCUGAACCCUGCCACCGCCUCUCUCAGAAUUGCAGGGAAGGUGGGGCACACGGAGUACCCUCAGCGAGCCAGAAAGGACGUGGGGCUUAAGGCCUUGCCUCCCACCCAGGGGUGGUGGGGCUCACAUCCCGCCCGCUGCAUCCCGUUGUCUGCACAAACGGAGCUGCCAGCCAGCCAGGGCUGGGCUGCUCUGGACAGGGGCAGUGGGUUCCGGAGGCGGGGUGUCCAGCACCUACCCCCAGUACAAUCAGGUGACCACUGGGAGGGUCCUCAGCUGCACCCAGGCUGUUCUGGGCUGAGGGACUGAUCAUGGCUCUGGAGGGAGAAGCAGGACCAGCCGGAGCCUGGGAAGCCCAGAUAGCCAUCCAGGUUGUGGAAGAAAGGCUAAGUUGGGUCUGGAAGGUCGAAGGCCUUGGGAGAGGUGGCCUGAUUAGCAGUGGCCCUGGGUGUGCAGACCACCUGGGUGUGCAGUCCUUAGAGAGGCUGGGUCAACAAUUACUGGUGGAGGCUGAUGGAGUCUACCUGGGCCUAGAAAGAUCCAACUCUGGACCAUCCUGGCGUGGAGGUCAGCCAUGUGUGGGUAGGGCCAAGGGCACCUUGCUGUGGGCGAGAAGUCACCCAGAGAUGGGACCAGUGCUGGGUCCUGGGGCCUGGUCUAGGGGUGACACAGGCUGCUGCCACUGCUCUAAGUGGCAAGCAGGCAGUGCAGGCCUGGACUUCCCAGCCCCAGAAUCUUGUGCUGGCUCUGUUCUGGCUUCCUUGGUGACCUUGAAUGAAUUAUAAAAAAAACUUUGGCCUUUGGUUUCUGUUCCAUUCCAACAGCUCAGCUGUUCCCCUGCCCUGGGGGACACACCAUGGGCCAGAGCCAAGAGCCCAGCUUCAGGGCACCCAGUGCUGCCCUGCCAGCCACACCCACUCCUGGUGUUGGGUGUCAGGCAUGUGGGAACCCAAAGGACCCCCUUCUUUUCAGGACCCCCUGGCUGUCCCAUUACCCCAGCAGCAAAGCCCUCAGGUGAUGAGUUUUAAUGGGUGGCCCAGGGCUCAGGGCUCUGAUGUUGCUGAGGGGAGGAGGAGCAGCUUGGCAAGAGGGCCCCUUCUUUCAGCUUCACCUCUAAUCCUGGCUCUGCUUUGCAGAUGAGAAGGCUGAGGUACAGGAGAUGUUAUCCUGGUCACCGGUGAGUGCUGGCAGAGCAGGGGCCACCGGGCAGGCAUCUGCAGCCUGGAGAGCUGGCCCCUGUGUGCCACCCCUCCCCCACUUUGGGCAAGACCUGGCCUGGGCACUGAAGGGCCUUGAUUGGAUGCUUCAAACAGAGGUGCCUUUGGCCUCGGUCCAAGUGAGGGAGUGGACAUAAUGGAGACAUUUAAAAUGAGGUUUAUGAGCAUUUAGAGCACACAGAAAAAUGCUUAUGAGAUUCGUUGAGUGAAAACAGCUAGAUUCAAAACUGAAUGUGCAAUGUGAUCUCACCUAUGAUAAAAUACAGGCCAGUAAGAAUCCAGGAGGCAGAAAACCAUAGUGGUGUGGUGUGCCGCAACCUCCGAGGGGGUUUCUUCUAUCUUCCUGAGUUCCCUAAGUCCUUUCUGACCCAUGUGUGCUACUUCCUAUGUGCAUGGACUCCUUUCUCAGCUGGAGAUCUGUCCUGUGAUGCGGCUGCUGCUACCACCAUCCUGGGAGGGGACCGGCGGGAACCCUGUGCUCUGACCCCAGGGCCCAGCCACCUGGCUCUCACGUUUCUGCCCAGCAAGCCGGGUGCCCGGCCCCAGCCCGAGGGAGCCAGCUGGGAUGCAGGGCCUGGUGGGGCAACCUCAGCUUGGGCGGACCCAGCGGAGGGCGGCCCGAGCCCUAAGCUCCUCCCUGAGGGCCUGUCCCAGGCUCUGCCCACUGAGGCUCCUCUCCCUGCCACCCUGGAGCCCCGGAUUGUGAUGGGAGAGGAGACAUGCCAGGCCCUCCUGUCACCCAGGGCUGCCCGGACAGCGCUCAGGGACCAGGAGGGUGGGCACACAAGCCUGGACCCACCCCCCGAGCUGUGUUCUCAGGGUGAUCUUUCUGUGCCUUUCCCUCUCCCAGACCCUGACUCCUUCUUCACGCCUCCCUCCACCCCCACCAAGACCACCUAUGCCCUGCUUCCUGGCUCCGGUCCCCAUGGGGAUGCCCAGGACUCAGAGGCUGAGAUGCAGGAUGAGCUGCUGGACUCGCCCCCUGCCUCGCCCUCGGGCUCCUACAUUACGGCUGAUGGGGACAGCUGGGCCUCUUCACCCUCCUGUUCCCUCAGCCUACUGGCUCCGGAUGAAGGGCUGGACUUCCCCUCAGGCUGGGGCCUGUCCCCCCAGGGGUCCAUGGCAGAUGAACGAGAGCUGCACCUUGCAGGGACCCCAGAGCCCCAAUCCUCUGAGUCCAGCCUCUCCGCAGACAGCAGCUCCUCCUGGGGCCAGGAGGGCCACUUCUUCGACCUGGACUUCCUGGCCAAUGACCCAAUGAUCCCGGCAGCCCUCCUACCCUUCCAAGGCAGCCUCAUCUUCCAGGUGGAGGCAGUGGAGGUGACACCACUAUCCCCAGAGGAAGAAGAAGAGGAGGUCGAGGCAGCUCCCGGCCCAGGUGGGGACCUGGCAGGGGAGGGUGAGGAGGACAGCACGUCUGCCUCCUUCCUCCAGUCACUGUCUGACCUGUCCAUCACGGAGGGCAUGGAUGAGGCCUUCGCCUUCCGGGAUGACACCUCUGCAGCCUCCUCUGACUCAGACUCAGCCUCCUACGCAGAGGUAGAUGAUGAAAGGCUAUACAGCGGGGAGCCCCACGCCCAGCCCACCCUGCUCCAGGACAGUGUCCAGAAGACAGAAGAGGAAAGCGGAGGCGGGGCCGAGGGGCUGCAGGUUCUGGAAGGGACUGUGUCCUUGGCCUUGGAGCCUGUUUCUCAGACCUCAGACAGAGGGGCCCAUCUCUCCCAGAGACAGGAAUCCUUCUCAGAAGUAACAGAAGACGGCCUUGCUUUAGGCCAGGAGUCCACUGCCACUGUGACCCCUCACACUCUGCAGGUAGCCCUAGGCCUCCAGGUGGAGGUGGCUACCAGGAUGACUCCUCAGGCUGGGGAGGAAGAAGUGGACUCCACCGCUGGGCAAGCACCUGCUGCCAUGGCAGUGCCUCAGCCCUCCCAGGAGGGCAUCAGUGAGAUCUUAGGCCAAGAGUCUGUCACUGCAGAAAAACUUCCAACUCCACAGGAAGAAGCAAGCCUCACAUUGUGUCCAGACUCUCCGCAGAACUUGAAGGAAGGAGGAGGGCUGGACCUCCUGUCAGGCCCGAAGCCUGUAGCUACAGCCACACUUGUGCUCCAGCAGGCUGAAGACGGCCUCACCUUACCCCAGGACUCCGCUGUGACAUCACCUCUGCCCCCACAAGACACAGACCUCCCGUCAGGCCCAGAGCCUGUGGCUAUAACCACGCUUGUGCCCCAGCAGGCUGAAGAUGCCCUCACAUUACCCCAGGACUCCGCUGUGGCUGCAGCCACGCUUGUGCCACAGCAGGCUGAAGACGGCCUCACAUUACCCCAGGACUCUGCUAUGACAGCACCUUUGCCUCUACAAGACACAGGCCCCACCUCAGUUCCAGAGUCUCUAGCUAUGACCACCCCUCAGACCUUGCAGGCAGAAGCAGACUGCGCCCCAGGGACAGAGUCCGUGGCCUCCAUGGCUCAGCAGGAAGCAGGUGCAGCCUUAGGUCCCAGGCCAGCACCUGAGAACAUAGCCCUCCCUAGAGUCCCAGAGCCUGCAGCCUUGGACCAGGUCCAACAGGAUGACCCACAGCCAGCUGCAGAAGCUGGGACACCUUGGGCCGCACUGGAAGAUGUGGGUCCCACCUUGGGCCUGGAGGCCCCCCAUCUCCCUGAGCCUGCCUCUGGUAUGGGGGAGGAAGUAGCAGAAGCCCUUCCUAUGCCCAAACGGCAAGCAUGUCUGGGAGCCCGAGUGCACACAGGUGAUGGGGACUUGCCCCCAAAGGAGACCCUGGAGGCUGAGAACCAGCAGGGAGGAGGCCUCAAGCCACCGGCUCGGGCAUGUGGACCUGGGUCAGCCCUGGGAGGUGCAGGGGAGGUCCCCGAGGCUCCUCCUGCUGCCUGCCCUGAGGUCAGCCAGGCCCGGCUCCUGAGCCCAGCCAGGGAGGGAAGAGGCCCGAGUGGCAAGUUCACCCUGGAGCCCAGACUUCCCUCAGCUGUGGCCACAGAAGCCUGUCUGGACUCCUGCCCAGAGUCUUCAGUAGGGGCUGUGUGCAGGCUGGACGGAAGCUGCCCUGAAACGCCUGCCCCCACAUCUGCACCAACCUCCCAGCAGCUGGAGCCGGUGCUGGGCCUGGGCAGUGUUGAGCAACCCCAGGAAGCACCUAGUGUCCUUGGCCCCCAAUUGCUGCAGCCCCCAGAAAACCUUGCAAAGGGUCUGCCCAGCUUACCCCUGGACAGGCUCCUGGGCCCUGACCCUUCUAUUCCUGGUGUCCUUGCUGAGGCAGCCCUACCCCCACUGGACCCCCCAGCCCCCUGCCUGUGCCAGGACCCCCAGGAAGACUCCGUGGAAGACAAGGAGCCCCCAGGCUCUCUGGGCCUCCCACCGCCCCAGGCAGGAGCCCAGCCUGCCACUGUUGCUGUCUCAGGAACCACACAGCCUCUGGGGAUUGAGCUGGGAGUCAGCCUCUCGCCUCACUCCCCACUCCUCAGCCCCAAGGUGGCCCCCACGGAUGCCAAAGACCUGGCCUUGCAGAUCUCGCUCCCUUGCCAAGUGCCUCCUCGCUCUGGGCCCCAGAGCCCAGCUGGCCCUCAAGGGCUCUCAGCCCCCGAGCAGCAAGAGGACGAGGACAGCCUGGAGGAAGACUCGCCUCGGGUCCCGGGCUCAAACCAGCAUUCGGAUAGCCACGGGGAGUCGUCAGCCGAGCUGGAUGAGCAGGACAUCUUGGCUCCUCAAACUGCACAGUGUCCAGCCCAGGCCCCAGCAGGCGGCAGUGAGGAGACCAUCGCCAAAGCCAAGCAAAGUCGCAGCGAGAAGAAGGCCCGAAAGGCGAUGUCAAAGCUGGGCUUGCGGCAGAUUCAGGGAGUCACCAGGAUCACCAUCCAGAAGUCCAAGAACAUUCUCUUUGUCAUUGCUAAGCCUGACGUCUUCAAGAGCCCAGCCUCAGACACUUACGUGGUCUUUGGCGAGGCCAAGAUUGAGGACCUGUCCCAGCAAGUGCACAAGGCUGCAGCUGAGAAGUUCAAGGUGCCCUCAGAGCCCUCAGCCUUGAUCCCUGAGUCAGCACCCAGGCCCCGGGUGAGGCUGGAGUGCAAGGAAGAGGAAGAUGAGGAGGAAGAGGUGGACGAGGCGGGGCUGGAACUGCGUGACAUUGAGCUGGUGAUGGCGCAGGCCAAUGUGUCCAGGGCCAAGGCUGUGCGGGCUCUGAGAGACAACCACAGUGACAUUGUCAACGCCAUCAUGGAACUGACCAUGUAGCCACUGACCAGAAGCUGGAGCCAUCCUGCGCCUUUCCUUAGCUCUGCUACUCAAUAAAUCGGUGUCCCUUCAUUGCCCU